AUGACCACAGAACGAGAGAAGGCGCUCGACUUGGCCCUCGGUCAGAUCGAGCGCCAGUUCGGAAAAGGGUCGAUCGUCAGGCUGGGGGAUUCCGGCCAGCCCGCUCAGAUCCAGGCAAUAUCCACGGGCUCACUCACCCUCGAUAUGGCGCUGGGCGUAGGCGGCAUGCCGCGAGGCCGCGUCGCAGAGGUCUUCGGGCCGGAGUCGUCAGGCAAGUCGACCCUUGCCUACCACGUAAUGGCCGAGGCGCAGCGCUCGGGCGGUGAGGCGGCGUACAUAGACGCCGAGCACGCGCUCGACGCGACAUACGCCGCCACCUGCGGCGUGAACAUCGACGACCUGCUCGUCUCCCAGCCUGACUCGGCCGAGCAGGGCCUGGAGAUCUGCGAAUACCUGGUCCGGAGCGGCGCUCUGGACAUCGUCGUGGUGGACAGCGUUGCGGCACUGGUGCCACGAUUGGAGCUGGAAGGCGACAUGGGCGAUACCCACGUCGGCCUGCAGGCCCGCCUCAUGUCCCAGGCCCUCAGGAAGCUGACCGCGGCCAUUAGCCGGUCGAACACCGCCGUGAUGUUCAUCAACCAGAUCAGGGAGAAGGUGGGCGUGCUGUGGGGCAGCCCCGAGACGACGCCGGGGGGCAGGGCCCUGAAGUUCUACAGCUCCGUCCGCGUCGACCUGCGGCGGAUAGAGUCGGUCAAGCAGGGCAAGGAGAUCGUCGGCGCCCGGAUACGAGCAAGGGUCGUAAAGAACAAGGUAGCUCCGCCGUUCAAGGUCGCCGAGUUCGAUAUGAUGUUCAACGAGGGCAUCAGCAAGGAAGGCGAUCUUGUCGACCUCGCGCAGCGAGGCGGGGGUGAUCAAGAAGAGCGGCUCGUUCUAUUCGUUCGGAGACGUGCGGCUGGGCCAGGGCAGGGAGAACGCAAAGGAGUUCCUCAGGGAAAAUGA